AUGGCUGCAGGAUGGUAUCGUCCGACAAGAUUAUUAAUUGAUACGCAAGCGAUUAAAGCAAAUGUAAAAAAUGUAUGCCUGCGGUUGCCACAAGGUUCAGAGUUGUUCGCCGUCGUAAAAGCAAAUGGAUACGGACAUGGAGCUGUCGAAACAGCGCGAGCCGCAAGAGAUGGCGGAGCUUCUGGUUUUUGUGUUGCUCUCCUUGAUGAAGCUAUUGAAUUGCGACAAGCGGGAAUUACUGAACCGAUUCUCAUUUUAAGUGUGGUCGAUCCAGUCUAUAUUCCUUUAAUGUUGACGUAUGAAUUGUCUGUUACUGUAGCUACGAUGGAGUGGCUGAUAGAAGCAGCGGAACAAUUGCAAAAGAAAUCGGAUGAACCCUUAAACGUACACAUAAAGGUCGAUACAGGUAUGGGAAGAAUUGGCUUUACAACAACGCAGGCAUCGAAAGAGGCUGUUAAUUUGAUCAAGAAUAAUCCUAAUAUGUAUCUGGAAGGGAUAUUCACGCACUUCUCAACCGCAGAUUUUAAAGAUUCAACUUAUUUUGAUCAGCAAACGGCGCGCUUUAACGAACACUUGGAUCAACUGUCUGAAUUACCAAAGUAUAUGCAUGUUAGCAACAGUGCGACUGCGUUGUGGCAUCCUGAUAAUGUGGGGAACAUGAUUCGGUUUGGAGUUGCGAUGUACGGUUUGAAUCCCUCAGGCCGAAUGCUUCCGGAGCCGUUUCCACUUCAACCAGCGUUAUCAUUAAUUUCAUCGCUGAUCCAAGUUAAAGAAGUGCCUCCGGGCGAAGGUAUCGGGUAUGGUAAGACGUAUACUACGACCAAAAAAGAAUGGGUUGGUACGAUUCCUAUCGGCUACGCUGACGGGUGGCUGCGUGGUUUACAAGGGUUCUAUGUACUCGUCAAGGGAUACCAGUGUGAAAUCAUCGGUCGAAUCUGUAUGGACCAGUGCAUGAUUCGAUUGCCAAAACGAAUGCCCGUAGGUACGAAAGUGACAUUAAUAGGCGAGGAUCAUGGUCAAACUAUUACGGCGCAGAUGGUAGCAGAAAAAUUAGGAACUAUAAAUUACGAAGUUACGUGUACAUUUUCACAGCGGAUACCACGAGAAUACAUAUAG